UGACGAGAUAACACUUCUUUGAUUAAGAAAAAAAAAUUCUUGAGCAAGAAGAAGAAGAAUCCAAAAUAUAAUCACGUGAUCAGAUUCCAUAAUCUUUAAUUUUAUAAGUUUCGGUUUCAUUUGUUACUAAAUUUUUUCAAAAUUCGAAGUGCAAGUCGUCUUGUGGUGCAUAGUGAAACUUAGACGUAUUGCUUUUCCCAUUUAAAAAGCUAUAAAAGCUGUCUAGAACUUGACUAACUUUUUACAGUUAACUUUUCAAGAGUUGAGAAUAAAUGUUCAACAAAAUGGUAAACAAGUGAUAUGGUCAGAAUUGCAAAAACUUAGGAAAAAUGGAGGAAGAACAGAAAUUUUGCAAAAACUGCAAAAGGAAUGUUGCUGCAGUAAACUUCGUCUUACACAUAGCUUAUUGUGAACGAAAAAUCCAGCUUUGUCAAUUAUGUGGCGAACCUGUACCCAGAUCCGAAGCCGAAUUCGAUGCUCAUUUAAAAGAAUACCACAUCCUUGAGGAAUGUAAUUUUUGUAAAUUGCCCAUUGAAAAGUGGAAACUUGACUCUCAUCAAGCAGAUAAAUGUUACAAAAGACUGGUCAAUUGUAAAUAUUGUGAUUUAAGUUGCACAUUUGACACUAUUUCUGAGCAUGAAGAGAGUUGUGGAUCUCGAACUGAUGAAUGUUCAUUUUGUAAGGCUCGUUUUCUUUUGAAAGAAAUGGAAGCACACCUUGGAGUUUGUCCUAAGAAUAAUGUAUUGAAGACACAGAUGCUUUGCAGUUAUUGUGAAUCAAAAUUUCCUGUAGAAAAUUAUGGUGAUCAUGUGAGGAGUUGUGUAUUCCGCUCUGAAGAAUGUUUGAAGUGUAGAGAUCGUGUUAAACUUAAAGAUCUAAAAGAGCAUGGGGAUUUUUGCGGCAAAGAAAAUCAUCGACAGUCUUCGUAUUUUUGUGAACAUUGUGAGCAAAAAUUUUCCUGGAAGGAAUUUCAAAGUCAUCAAUUAUAUUGUAGAGCUCGUUUCAAAAUCUGCCGCCAAUGCCACGAGUCUGUUCAAAUGUCAGAGUUAGAUCAUCACCUUGAAAUUUGCCAAAAAGUCAGAAGAAGAGAAUCAGAACCAUCAUGCCAGCACUGUGGGAGAAAUUUCCCAUUCAAUAUUCUUAAGAAACAUGAAACAAGUUGUGAGCUUCGUCCUGAAAAAUGUCCAUACUGCCAUGAUUUUGUUACAUAUAAAAAUAUGAAGAUGCAUAUGGAAGUUUGUGGCCAAGUCAGAAAAAGGGAAUCGGAACCUUCAUGUCAACACUGUGAAAAACAUUUCCCAUCCAAUAUUCUUGAGAAUCAUGAAACAAGUUGUGGGUUUCGUCCUGAAAAAUGUCCAAACUGCUAUGAAGUUGUUAGUUAUAAAGAUAUGAAGAAGCACAUGGAAGUUUGUGGACAAAUCGGAAAAAGAGAAUCAGAACCUUCAUGCCAACACUGUGAAAAAAGUUUUCCAUCAAAUGUUCUUGAGAAUCAUGAAACAAGUUGUGGGUUUCGUUCUGCAAAAUGUCCAAACUGCUAUGAUGUUGUUGCAUAUAAAGAUAGGAGGAAGCACAUGGAAAUUUGUGGACAAAUCGGAAAAAGAGAAUCAGAGCCUUCAUGCCAACACUGUAAAAAAAGUUUUCCAUCAAAUGUUCUUGAGAAUCAUGAAACAAGUUGUGGGUUUCGUUCUGCAAAAUGUCCAAACUGCUAUGAUGUUGUUGCAUAUAAAGAUAGGAAGAAGCACAUGGAAAUUUGUGGACAAAUCGGAAAAAGAGAAUCAGAACCUUCAUGCCAACACUGUAAAAAAAGUUUUCCAUCAAAUGUUCUUGAGAAUCAUGAAACAAGUUGUGGGUUUCGUUCUGCAAAAUGUCCAAACUGCUAUGAUGUUGUUGCAUAUAAAGAUAUGAAAAGGCACAUGGAAGUGUGUGGUGAAGAAAGUGAUUCUGAUGAACGCCCUGUUUCCUGUGAAUAUUGUAAUAAAACAUUUGCUUUAAGCUACUUAGCUUAUCACAUGAACCAUUGUCCAGAACUUAUUGAAAAAUGUCCAUCUUGUGAUAUGUUUGUUAAGAUGAAGGAUAAAUACAAUCACAAAGAGACCUGCAUGGCCCUAAGAAAUGAAUCUGAACUUUGUGAACAUUGUGGAAAAACCUUUCCUUCCAAUAUUCUUGAGAACCACAAAUCAAAUUGUGAUCUUCGCUGUGAAAAAUGUGCAUUCUGCUAUGAAUAUGUGAAAUAUAAGGAUUUGGAACAUCACAAGGAAUUGUGUGGACAAGUAAAACAGUAUCUUGUUGCUACUUGUAAAGAUUGUGAUCGUCGGAUUCCCACUGAAAUGAUGGAGGAACAUCAAUCUACCUGCGAUUUUCAAAAGUGUCCAUUGUGCAAUAAUUCUGUUGAGAUAAAGGAUAUGGACAUUCACCUAAACACUUGUGAACAAACAAGAAAAUAUCCUAAAGCAACGUGUGAACAUUGUAGUAGUAAAAUUCCUGUUAACAAGUUGGCUGACCAUGAAUCUAAUUGUGAUUUUCAUUGUAAAACUUGUCCAUUGUGCAAUGUUGCAGUGAAAGUUAAGGAUAUGGAUAACCAUCAAAGCAUUUGUGAACAAAAGCAAAAAUGUCAAUCUAAAGUGGAAUGUGAGCAUUGUGGAAUUAAAUUUCCUUUCAAACAUAUUGAAGAACAUGAACUAAGUUGUGGAUUUCGCCUUGAGAAAUGUUCUUUGUGUUAUGAUUUUAUUGAGCUGAUAGAAAUGGAUGGUCAUAGAAGAACGUGUGAAAAGAUAAACUUACCACAGAUGCCAACUACUUGUCCUUACUGUGAACUAGAAUUUCCUUCAAACGAAAUUGAAUAUCACAUUGUAAGCUGUGGAGCUAGCUUGAAAAAAUGCUUUACGUGUGAACGCAUGUUUAAAUUAAGGAAUUUUAACGAACAUGAAUGUCUAAAAAAUAAUUAUGAGAUCCAAGGCGAAGAUUUAACUAAGAAUGAUCAUAUUGAGCAAGCCAUAGAAAUCAAAUCUGAUGACCGACCUCUUCCUUGUGAAUAUUGUUUUGAAACAUUUCCUUUAAAUUGCUUGUCACUUCAUAUGGAGACUUGUCAAGACCUUAGUGAAAAAUGUCAGUUUUGUGAUACUUCUGUUAAGUUCAAGGAUCGAUACAAACACAAAGAAACUUGCAUGAAACCAUGUGAUCGACUCACUAUGUGCCCUUUCUGCCGUGUGAAAUUCCGAUCUGAAUCUCUUCUUACCCAUUUAGAGACUUGUACUGAACGCAUUGAAAAUUGCAAAAAUUGUGAUUUACCAGUAAUGCUGAGAGAUAAAAGAAAACAUAUGGAAUCAUGUAAACAGGAAUCUGCCAAAGAAGAAUGUGGAAUUUGUUCUUUGUUAGUACCCAAAGAUGAACUUUCUGAGCACUUUAGUAAAUGUGUUGUAGAAAAUUCUAAUAAUCCUUAUUCAGAAUGUGGAAUGUCUACACCUCGGCCUAUAGCAAGUUGUACAGAUGAUUCUAAAGUUAAAAUGCAUACUGAGGGGACAAAAACAAAUUUAUAUCCUUCAAUAGGAGAUCUUUUGCUGUGCCCAUACUGUUCCAUGAAUUUUCUCCCAAAGCGUUUUGACAAUCACAAGAAAUACUGCAAAUCGGCAUUAGUAGAAUGUCCUAUUUGCCAAGACAUUUAUCACAUUGAAGAGAAAGAGGAACAUAGAAAGACUUGUGAUGCAUUAGAUUCUGUACUAAUUCCAGAGAGUGACUUGAAAUUGGAAUUGCAGAAUAAGUUUGGAACUUUACGUUCAGAAGAAAAUCUGAGAGAAAAGGAAGCAUUAUAUGAACAAUGUCCUUUUUGUGAGAAUAAAAUACCUGAACGUUCUUAUUCUAAACAUUUACUAACUUGUUCUCUGUCUAUGAAACAAUGUCUUCUUUGUAAACAAGAUUUCCCUAAAGGAAGUGAAAGAGAUCAUUUUACUGUGUGUCCAAAAUUAAUCAAGAUGAGUUCAAAAUCUGGUCAAGAUGAGUUUGUUUAUGGAGGUGCCGACGCAUCCAUGAGACAAAAUGGACAUCAGAUUCACAGAAAUGAGGAAUCUAUUGAAACAGGUAUGAUUUUGGGAGUCUCACCCUUUAUCGUAGAAACAAGCUUUUUCACAAAGCAUUUUCUUUCAGUUACUUUGCUCACUAAAAUUUUCUUCUUAGCGUAAAUGCAGCAGUUGUAU